AAAAUGUUAUCUGUCCGUUUAAAACAAGAUGGCGACACAACUUUUUUUUUUUUUUUAUCUGAUUUUAUUUUCUGAUUACAGAUUUUUGUAUUCUAUUUCCUGAACAUUUACACAGCAUUAAAAAAACAGCAGCCCCAUGGGCAAUAGACACAAUGGGCAGGAGGGGACCGCGUUGACUUCUAUAGGAGAGUUUUCUAGGCAUGUCUGUGCCUGUUUUUUUUAAUUUAAACUAAAAAACACAGAACUCCGUAGCCCCCGAUUUCCAUUGACGUCUGUGGAGUGCGGCUGUCAGAGGUCUGGCUACUUGGAUAAAGCAUUAACGUAACCAGUCAGAUCACUGCUUUCUCCGACGCACUGGGACAUUUAAUUUUUAGGAUUGGCUGUCCUUUUAGUAAUUACUCGCAUUCCCCAUGUACUAACAGUCCUGGGGCAUCUUUUCUUUUCACUCUAUUGUGCCAUUCCUUUAUUCCUCCUAGGAGCUUAUGGAAAAAGGUACAGCUGGGUGUUACCAGUCACUGGGUGGAGGGUGGCGUCCUGCACGAUCUGAUACUCUCCAAUCAGUGCUGCCAGUGUCGCACCCCCAGCGGGUAACACCCAGUUGUGUCAUUAUUAAUAAACUUCUAGUAUGAAUAAUAGAGGAAUGGUACCACAUAGUCCUAAGAAUAGACGCUCUAGAAUAGUUAUUACAUUGAGGAAUGCUAGUAGUUACUAAACCAGACCUAACAGGAGAAGGGACAGGUCAUCUUUGAACAGCAUGGGGACACAACACCACUGCAGGCGAUCAGCUGUGUCUGCAAUGCCCCUGUGAAUGCGGCUGAGCUGCAGUUCACACCAAGGCCAUGGACAGAUGUGGCCCUAUUUCUGGAAGAAAGCAGCCAUGUUUUGUAAUACUGUACAGCCCCUCUAGAGGGCAUCAGUUGAAAUAAAUAUUUCACUGGACUGAAUCCUUAGGCUUGGGCCGCCCCGUUUGGUUACUUGACAUCAAGCCACCUACAAGUGGUGCAACCCAAAAAUUGCAUGAUUUGUCCGAUUCGCGGGACGGCCGGGAGUUGCCUUGGAUUUAGGAUUCUUGGCACUCCUUAGACAGUUGCUGAUCUGUAGCGAAGUGAGAUGCGGUCGCACGUGACUUACAUUCAUGUCUGUGAUUUUUAAAGCUGCUUCCAAUUUGCUAUCUGUGACCACAAACCCCGCAGAUGAGGAUUUUGCAGUCGCCUCAUGUCAUGUGUUGUAACACGACCAUUAUCAAUACCUGUGAUGUCACAGCGUGACCCCGUGAUAUUGUCACCUGAGCAAAGUGAUCCUAGCCUUAUUAUGGCACCUAUAAGAUACUGUAAACAAAAAAUGGCUGUGGAUGUUGGGUGUGGGGACACUGGAGACUGGGAAGGUCGCUGGAACCAUGUUAAGAAGUUCCUCGAGCGAUCAGGACCUUUCACACACCCCGAGUUCGAACCAAGCAACGAAUCUCUGCAGUUUCUCUUAGAAACCUGUAAACUACUGGUUGUUGGAGCUGGGGGACUGGGGUGUGAACUCCUCAAAAAUCUGGCCCUGUCAGGGUUUCGGCAGAUCCAUGUCAUCGAUAUGGACACCAUAGACGUCUCUAAUUUGAAUAGACAGUUCUUGUUCCGACCGAAGGAUGUUGGAAGACCCAAAGCCGAGGUUGCGGCUGAAUUUAUAAACAGCAGAAUACCUGACUGUUGUGUCACACCACAUUAUAAAAAGAUUCAAGAUUACGAUGAAUUCUUCUACAGAGAGUUCCACAUUAUAGUGUGCGGUCUGGACUCCAUUAUUGCCAGGCGCUGGUUAAAUGGGAUGCUGAUGUCUCUUCUGAACAGUGAUGAUGGAGUACUGCAGCAGAGUUCGGUAAUUCCUCUAAUAGACGGUGGUACAGAAGGUUUUAAAGGAAACGCCCGGGUUAUCUUACCAGGAAUGAGCGCCUGUGUGGAGUGUACUCUAGAACUGUACCCACCGCAGAUUAAUUUCCCCAUGUGUACGAUUGCGUCUAUGCCCCGAUUACCAGAGCACUGUAUAGAGUAUGUCCGGCUAUUGCAGUGGCCAAAGGAACAGCCAUUUGGAGAAGGAAUAGCACUGGAUGGAGAUGACCCUGAACAUAUACAGUGGAUUUUUAAAAAUUCUUUGGCACGGGCGGCACAGUAUAAUAUCAGAGGCGUAACGUACAGACUUACCCAAGGUGUUGUGAAGAGAAUCAUCCCCGCUGUAGCAUCUACAAAUGCAGUAAUUGCAGCCGCCUGUGCCACGGAAGUGUUCAAAAUAGCCACCAGCGCUUAUACUCCGCUGAAUAAUUACCUAGUGUUUAACGAUGUGGAUGGACUGUACACGUACACCUUUGAAGCAGAAAGGAAGGAAAACUGUCCAGCCUGCAGCCAGCUCCCCCAAAAAAUCCAGUUUCCUCCAUCUGCUAAACUCCAAGAGGUUUUAGAUUACUUAGUAAAUGACACAUCGUUACAGAUGAAGUCUCCUGCCAUCACUGCAACUCUGGAUGGGAAGAAUAAGACCCUGUAUCUACAGACGGUAGCAUCUAUAGAAGAACGAACAAGGCCUAACCUGUGCAAGACAUUAAAAGAGCUCGGACUCGUCGAUGGACAAGAGCUUGCAGUUGCUGACAUCACCACACCACAGACGGUGCUGUUCAAGCUUCAUUUCACAACUUAAACAGGCCUAGGAUGUGAUCCACGUGGCCACUUCUAUGAUUAAAUAAGACAGGACUGUGUGCAGUAAAUUAUGGAGUCAAAGGGUUGGCAACUUAUCUAUUACUAGCUGCACAUGUACAACUACAUGCAGCUAGUAAUAAAUCAUCGACUCUAAUGUCUGAUGGUUUAAAAUGCAUAAUUUAUACUUGCAGGUUCACUUACCUGAUUCUGGGCUCUGCACUUCCAAAAUGGCCUAAGAUGAAGGGUCCCAUCCAUCAGCGACCUCCAUUCACUUCCACUAGGGAUGUACAGUCCCAUCACCAAUGGAAGUGAAUGGAUGCCAUGCAGUUGAUGGAUGGGACCCUCCAACAUAGGCCAUUUUGGAAGUGCAGCAUCGGGAAGCAAGCAAGUAUAAAUUAGGCAUAUUAACGCCCUUGACAACGGUGCCGAUGGUUCAAUAAUGCCUAUUACUAGCUGUAUAUAUUUGCUGUUUCCAUCACGUGCAGCUAGUAAUAGACAGUGGCAAAGCCCUUUAAUAUGCAGUGAGAUGGAGGUCCGACUGACGGAGAACAGUGGCUGAGCAUCAUGAAAGUUAAUGAGCACGUAUUAUCGUUAUGAUGUAAAAUUAAGCAAUUAUUUAUAAAGUGGAACAGAUUUUAAAGACCCCCCCCCCCCGAGCAUUUUUAAAAUGCGUUUAGAGACAUCCGGCAUGUACAGCAUUGUGUUUGCUCUGAUAACUACUGUGUACUGUAUAAAGGCAUGUGUGUUUUUCUUUUAUGGAUUUUCUUUUCUUAUGACAGGAGAGCUGUAAACAAUGUAAUUAGACACAAUAAAACCCUCUGUACCUUGUGCAGGAA